CAUGCACCCUAUGGUAAAACCCUAGGUUUUUACAGUCGAAAGAGAUAUAUAUAUAUACAUACAUACACUUACAUGUACACAAUAAGCAAACGUCACGCACACGCGCUCCCGCUCAGUCUCCUCCUGAGAUCGAACUCCCGGCCACCGAGACCAUGGGCGAUGACUGCCGGUCGUCGGAGAAGGCGUUCCCGGUUUACGCCGUCGGCGUAUCGGAUCUGGAGACAAAUUCGGGUGCCAUGACUGGAGACCUCAUCUGGGAUUCUGUUCGUGAAGAAGCUAAGUCCGAGGCAGAGAAGGAACCGGCCGUCUUAAGUAGCUUUCUAUAUGCCACCAUUUUGUCACAUGAUAGUUUAGAGCGGGCGAUAAGUUUUGUUAUUGCCAAUCACCUACAAAAUCCCACUCUUUUGGCACCUCAAUUAUUUGACAUUUUUUGUGGUGUAAUUUUGCAUGAUCCAGAGGUCCAACGCUCCAUUCGAUUGGAUUUGCAGGCCUUCAAAGAUAGGGAUCGCUCCUGUUUGUCUUAUUGCUCUGCUCUGUUGUAUCUUAAGGCUUACCAUUCAUUACAAACGCAUCGAAUUGCACAUUCAUUAUGGAACCAAGGUCGAAGAGUCCUGGCAUUGGCAUUACAAAGUCGAACUAGUGAGGUGUUUGGAGUUGAUAUUCAUCCAGCUGCGAAAAUCGGAGAGGGGAUCCUUCUGGAUGGUGCAACAGGUAUUGUCAUAGGUGAAACUGCUGUAAUUGGCAAUAGAGUUUCACUAAUGCAAGGUGUGACUUUAGGAGGAAAUGGAAAAGAAGUAGGGGAGCGGCAUCCAAAAAUAGGUGAAGGUGCAGUUAUUGGAGUUGGUGCAACUAUACUUGGUAACAUUAUAAUUGGAGAAGGUGCAAUCAUAGCAGCAGGUUCCCUUGUAUUAAAAGACAUUCCUCCUCACAGCAUGGUGGCAGGAAUACCUGCAAAGGUGAUAGGGUAUGUAGAAGACAAAGAUCCAUCAUUAACAACAAUGAAACUAACAUGAUGUUAGCGAAGGGUAUUUGAGCAAGUGUCUACUACUUGCCCCGAGACCAGACCCGGCGGUGCAGGGACGAUUUCAAUGAAG